ACAUCCCAGAAACAAAAAUAGAAAUAGGUACAGAGAUGUCAGCCCCUUUGAUCACAGUCGAAUUAAGCUAAACCAAGGUGACAAUGACUAUAUCAAUGCUAGUUUGAUAAAAAUGGAAGAGGCCCAAAGGAGCUACAUCCUUACCCAGGGACCUUUGCCAAAUACUUGUGGUCACUUUUGGGAGAUGGUUUGGGAACAGAAAAGCCGUGGUGUUGUCAUGUUGAACAGAGUGAUGGAAAAGGGAUCCAUAAAGUGUGCACAGUACUGGCCACGGAAGGAGGAGAAAGAAAUGUUUUUUGAAGAUACAAACUUGAAACUAACAUUGAUAUCUGAAGAUAUAAAAUCAUAUUACACAGUACGACAGCUAGAAUUGGAAAACCUUACAACACAGGAAACUAGAGAGAUUCUGCACUUUCAUUAUACUACGUGGCCUGACUUUGGCGUCCCAGAGUCACCUGCUUCAUUCCUCAAUUUCCUGUUCAAAGUGAGAGAGUCCGGCUCACUUAACCCUGAGCAUGGGCCUGUUGUGGUCCACUGCAGCGCAGGAAUUGGGAGAUCAGGAACUUUUUGUUUGGUUGAUACGUGUCUUCUACUGAUGGACAAACGGAAAGAUCCUUCUUCUGUGGACGUUAAACAGGUUCUCCUAGAAAUGAGGAAGUACAGAAUGGGACUUAUACAGACAGCAGAUCAGCUCCGUUUCUCCUACUUAGCUGUUAUUGAAGGGGCAAAAUUCAUUAUGGGAGAUGCUUCAGUGCAAGAACAGUGGAAAGAGCUUUCCAAUGAAGACCUGGACCCUCCACCUGAACAUACCCCACCACCUCCCAGACCACCAAAGAGAACCUCAGAAAUGCACAAUGGAAGGAUGCAUGAACACACAGAAUUCUUUCCUAAACAUCAAGUAGUAGAGGAAGAGAUUAGAUGUUCAGUCAGCACUGUGGAAGAGAUGGUUCCAGAUGGCAGAGCUCAUUCAUCUGUACCACUGAUCACAGACAGCACUAGUCAAGACACUGAAAUUCGGAGGAGAACUGUUGGUGAAAAUCUGCGUCUCUCGCCCCACAAAGAAGAGUCGAUGAAGUCAGAAAACUCAGAAGAGGAUGAUGAGAACAUGAUGACAACUUGGAAGCCUUUUCUAGUGAAUAUAUGCAUGUUCACUUUCCUCACGGCAGGAGCUUAUCUCUGUUACAGGGUGUGUUUUCAUUGAUGGACGUGCCAGCGAGAUCGACCCUGCAGAAAACACCAAGGAUUUGAUCGGUUUGUAGUAAGCUUCUCUGAAAGAAAGCUAAUUGAGGCAUGUGAGCCUUGUCUCAGUGGAGGGAGAUCUUAGGUGGAAAGGCCGGAACUUUGGUUAGGGUUUAAAGAGAGAAUUGAUGCACUAGGGUUUUAUCUAGCCCUGU